ACAUGCUGGCCAGGUUUGAAGUGGCUUUAUAUGUCACACAUGCGUACCGACAGAGUGAAUGGAAAACGGGCGCAGAAGUGACUCCAAGGAGAGUGAGGCAGAGAGAGCGGAGAGUCAUACCAGGGCUGAUCCUCGGCAGCUGGAUAAAGCCUUCGCAGGGGGGAGAGAGGGAGGAGUGGAUGAGGAGAUGAACAUGAAACCCAUGGGAGGCUAUAGUAUCAACCCGCCGGUGUUGAAUCUGUAGGACUCCUCAGAGGAGGCGAGAAUUGGGCUCAGUUAGGGGAAAAGUUCUGCCGCUGUGCAUUACAAUGGUAUUAAAUGGAUCCCACCUGAACAGCUCUGAUAGGGACCCCAGUGAGGCUGCGCUCAGUCGCCCGCCGUGGGUCAGCACAACUUUGGGCUGCUUUCUCAUCUUCACCAUCGUCGUGGAUAUUUUGGGCAACCUGCUGGUAAUCUUCUCCGUGUAUCGGAACAAGAAGCUCAGGAAUGCAGGGAACAUCUUUGUGGUUAGCCUGGCUGUAGCAGACCUCGUCGUGGCCAUCUACCCAUAUCCUUUGGUCCUCACCUCCAUUUUCCACAACGGAUGGAACCUUGGUUAUGUCCACUGCCAGAUCAGUGGCUUUCUCAUGGGUGUCAGCGUCAUUGGUUCCAUCUUCAAUAUCACCGGAAUCGCUAUCAACAGAUACUGUUACAUCUGUCACAGCCUCAAAUACGACAAACUUUACAGUGACAAAAACUCUGUCUGUUAUGUGAUUUUGAUAUGGAUGCUGACUGUGGUUGCCAUUGUGCCAAACCUGUUUGUGGGUUCCCUCCAGUAUGAUCCACGAGUUUAUUCCUGCACCUUCGAGCAGUCAGCCAGCUCAGCGUACACAAUCGCAGUGGUAUUUUUCCACUUUAUAUUGCCCAUUAUGAUUGUCACCUACUGCUACCUGCGUAUUUGGAUAUUGGUUAUACAGGUACGGAGACGGGUCAAGCCAGACAUCCGACCCAAACUAACACCGAAUGAUGUCAGAAACUUUGUCACAAUGUUUGUGGUGUUUGUGCUCUUUGCUGUUUGCUGGGCACCACUUAACUUCAUUGGCCUGGCUGUAGCAAUCAAUCCAGAGGUUGUUGUUCCCCUCAUCCCGGAGUGGUUAUUUGUGGCCAGCUACUUCAUGGCUUACUUCAACAGCUGCCUUAAUGCCAUUGUAUAUGGUGUGUUGAACCAGAAUUUUCGGCGGGAGUACAAACGUAUUGUGGUGUCAGUGUGUACAGCCCGCAUUUUCUUUCAAGACAGUUCCAAUGACGCAGGAGAGAGACUCAAAAGUAAACCAUCACCUCUCAUGACCAACAACAACCAGGUUAAGGUGGAAUCUGUCUGAACCGAAACUCAGAGACUGGAUCUUUUAUGCUGGAUUUAAUUUGCCCUAUUUUUUAGACUAACUGACAAA